AUGUCUGAAGCAACAGCCCCAGCCUCGCAAAGAUCAAUUCUCGAAAAGUCAAGGCUCUCCAAAACGCACGAACUCCUCACGUGCACCAUCAAGACACCGCCGUUCUCAUACAUCCAUCUGGAGCUCUUGACGAACCCUCCUGAGGCGGCCGCCGCCGUCGAGCUCGACAACCUCCAAGUCAAGUCGUACUGCACGGCUGCUCUGCGCCAGUUUCUCGGGCUGACGGGCACCGCGAUCCCGCUCGACGUGCUCAAGGUCGAGGCCUCGGAGUGCUGGAUCCGGGUUCCUCGAGAUGACCUGGGGGCCUUUGCCGCCGCGCUGACGGCCUGGAAGGGCUCCAGCGAUGGAGGCGUCGACUUCCUCUUGCGGGUCAAGCAGUGCUCUGACUGGCUUGGCGCAAUGGUUGGGAGCCAUGGACAAGAUGAGCUGUGGAACAAUUGA